GAGCUCCAUCAGAGCUCCACAGCAUCGCUGUCUGAUCAGUAUCAGCAUCGCUUGACUCAUAAAUGAGUCUGCUGGAGCUGAACCGGUUUGCUGAGUCAUGAUAUUUGUUGCCAUUUUAUUGGCCCCGUCCUUUACAGCCAUCUGCAUUGAAAGUCCAAGAACUGAUGUUCUGAUAGAUGAGUGAGUGUCUCUUUUAUUAUCUGCUUGUCUCCUGAGAUGCCUGUAGCAGUUCUUGGGUUUGGGGACUCGACCCACUUCUUGUUUACAGCCUUCAGCUUUCCACAGAGGUUCUGAAAUCAUAUUCAUCAUCAGCUUCUGCACAUGCUGUGUGUGUGUUCUGGAAAUCCUCCUCACAUCAGUCGUACGGCUAAGCCAGCACCGAACAGGAAUGAAUUUACUCCCUCUGCAGGCAGUACAGAAGGGCUGCGGAGCUGCAGGUUACAGCCCUUUUAUAGAGAAAAAACACGAAAGAAGCAGCUGGGAAGAAAUUCUGCAGACUUCUGUCCAUGUUUUCAUUCUCUGUAAAUUCAUCAGCGCUCUGUGAUAACUAACAGGUGGACUACAGCGCCGCCUGCUGCACAUGCUGGUUCAUUCUCACCAAACCAGCUGGGGAAGGUUGAUGCUGGAAGCACAUUCUUCAUCUGUGACUGGCUGGAUGACAAUCUGUAGCUUCCUGCAGGGACGACAGAGAAGCCUGAGCGGCUUUCAGAUGAAAAUGACUGCGAUCAGCUGCUGUGUCUGGGUUGUAAACGUGGAGCAGAUCCGCUGAGGAUGUGGGUCAACGAGCCGUCUUUCUGACUCCCAGUCAGUCGCUCAGAAACAUGACCUCAUCCAUUCUCAGGGAGAGAUGCAGCAGAGGAGGGGAGGGGGCGUUGUCUUUGUGAUAUCACUACCAGCCUGGGAUUGGCUGGGAGCCGCGGUGAUGUCACACAUCUCCAAGCUUCUCCCCUGAGCUUUGAGAGGGGGGAAACAGACGGAGGGGAAGUUUUAAACGUCUCCUCAUUGAAGGAAAAAGGAGGCUGUUUGUUUGUGUGGACGAAUCUGAGCUGCAGGAGACGUCCAGGUUUCCAUCAUCACUCCAGUGUCAGAGCUCUGCGAGGGAGAUGAUGACCAUCAUCGUCUGGUAUCUGUGCUCUGUGAGGAAGAUGUAGACCAUCACUGGUCUGGUUUCAGAGCUCUGUGAGGAAGAUGUAGGCCUACGUUUCUCUGGGUGACGUCAGUGUUUUUGAUGGCAGCGCUCAGCAGCAUGAGAUCCAGGAAACUGAGCUCUUUUUGUUCCACCUGUGAGUCUUCGUGGAUCUGCACGGCAGUUUAAAGCCUGCCAUGGAGAGACAGGAGGGGGGCAGGGUCGACCCCAAGCCGGUGAGGGGGCGAGAGAAGAUCCUCUGCUACAUCAACAUGCAGAGUCCAGCUUUACCUCCUAAACCUGCAAAGCCAUCGACUCCGGCAGCUUCCAGCAGCUUUAACAACAGCAUGGCUCUGCAGGACGCUGAGUGGUACUGGGGAGACAUUUCCAGAGAGGAGGUGAACGAGAAGCUGAGAGACACCGCUGAUGGUACGUUUCUGGUCCGAGAUGCCUCCACCAAGAUGCACGGAGAUUACACUCUGACUCUGAGGAAAGGAGGCAACAACAAACUGAUAAAGAUCUUCCAUCGGGAGGGGAAGUACGGCUUCUCUGACCCGCUAACCUUCAGCUCGGUGGUGGAGCUGAUAAACCAUUACCGACACGAGUCUCUGGCCCAGUACAAUCCCAAACUGGAUGUCAAGUUGCUGUACCCGGUUUCAAAGCAUCAGCAGGACCAGGUGGUGAAGGAGGACAGCAUCGAAGCUGUGGGGAAGAAGCUGCACGAGUACCACCUGCAGUACCAGGAGAAGAACCGCGAGUACGACCGGCUGUACGAGGAGUACACCAGAACGUCGCAGGAGAUACAGAUGAAGAGGACGGCCAUCGAGGCGUUCAACGAGACCAUAAAGAUCUUCGAGGAGCAGUGUCAGACUCAGGAGCGAUUCAGCAAAGAGUACAUAGAGAAGUUUCGCCGGGAGGGCAACGACAAGGAGAUCCAGAGGAUCAUGGAGAACUACGACAAGCUGAAGUCUCGGAUCAACGAGAUCGUGGACAGCAAGCGGCACCUGGAGGUGGACUUGAAGAAACAAGCUGCCGACUACCGGGAGAUCGACAAGAAGAUGAACAGCAUCAAACCAGACCUGAUCCAGCUCCGCAAGACGAGGGACCAGUACCUGAUGUGGCUGACUCAGAAAGGAGUUCGACAGAGGAAGCUGAACGAGUGGCUCGGUCUGAAGAACGAAACCACGGAGGACGAGUACAGCAUGGUGGAGGAUGAGGAGGACCUUCCUCAUCAUGACGAGCGUUUGUGGCGUCUGGGGAACAUCAAGCGUGGCCAGGCUGAAGCUCUGCUGCGGGGGAAGAGAGACGGGACCUUCCUGGUCCGGGACAGCAGCAAAAUGGGCUGCUAUGCCUGCUCUGUGGUGGUGGACGGCGAGGUGAAGCACUGCGUCAUCAACAAGACGAGCACUGGCUACGGGUUCGCCGAGCCCUACAACCUGUACGGUUCCCUGAAGGAGCUGGUGCUGCACUACCAGCACACCUCGCUGGUCCAGCACAACGACUCGCUCAACGUCACGCUGGCCUUCCCCGUCUACAGCCAGCAGCGCCGGUGACCCGGCACCCGAUCGCAUGACAUCACCCUCUGAGUUCUGCUCAGCUCACGGAGGCUGAGAUCAGAGACGGAUGGAAACUAGGCCGCAGUCGGGAUCACACGAGCUCAUUUCAGACGCCUCAUGAAUCAUACGUGAACACGUCACAUUCAGGUUAAACUUACAAACAAAACUCAUCCUCACACUGAAACCCAGUAACAUGGAUCCAGAGGUCAGACGAUUCACUGAUGAGGAAAAACUCUGCUCCAGUGCUAUUCCACCUUUAAUCCAGCCAUCAGGGCUUCUCUUACUUACUCCAAAUAAAAGUGUAAUCCCCAAAUCUAAACCACGUUCCCUUAAAACGACCUCAGAGCCAAACUUUAAAGCCAUUUAGGUGGUUUUUCUGCCCCCUGCUGGUCGGAGAUCAGACUUGUGUCCGUGUGAUCCUGACCUGAGAGCUUUCCGGUCUGGCAUUUCCUCGUCUCUGGACUGAAGCUGUCAGCUUUGAUGCAGCAGAACUCGGACGGACUGAAACUUUAAAGACGGAUGAUGUCGGACGUAAAAGAUGAAGAAUGAAGAUGUUUCUUUAAACACUGUGAGGGCUUCAGAACGAGGCUUAAAACGAGGACCAUCAACCUUCAUUCCACACCUCCAUGUGCUUCAGCUCGCCGUCUCUUUACCUUUCACCGUUGACUGUUUUUUAAAGAGUUGCUUCAACUUGCUGAGCGACGGCCACCAUUUUUUCAUUUCAUUAAACGCCGGCAGCACAUUCCCAGGAUGGAGGGAUGGAAACAGACUUGUAAAGAAAAAAAAAUCAGGACAUUAAAGAACUGGAUCCUCUUGAGUUUUUCUGAAAAUGCUGCCAUUUCACGUCCGUCUGCAUGACUGAAUUUUUCCUUUUCUGAAUUCUUUCAAGAGAAACCAGGUACAGAAGAUGAAACUAAGACUUUGGUUGCCAUGGAAACCACAUCCUUAGCUUUGAUGGGCUUCAGAGUCAACAGUGUUUUCAGGAAAAACUGUAAAAUAUUAAAUAAAUAAAGUGAAAAUGUGUCGAAUGGGAUAAAAGGUCAUGAAAAAUAUGAUCUGAGUUCUGAUGAAUAAAAACCUCCACCAGAGAAUCUGCA